CACUCAUCUGAUGCCGUAACACAAGGCUGAAUUUUUGUUCGGUCUAGCCGACCCGACGAUGGCGUCCAGCGACGGGAAACCACUGCCAACCCCGGCCUCUGUGGGCGGCGGCGGCGGCAGCAGCACCGCGCCGCCCGGGCAGCCGACCACGGUAGCGUCCAAGGUGCUGGACAUGGGCGCGGCGGCGAUGCAGUCGUUGCGCCCCGUGAAGCAGGCGAAGCAGCACAUGUGCACGUUCGCGCUGUACGCGCACGACCCGAAGCGGCAGGUGGAGACGCACCACUACGUCUCCCGCCUCAACCAGGACUUCCUCCAGUGCGCCGUCUAUGACUCCGACAAAGCCGACGCGCGUCUCAUCGGCGUGGAGUACAUCGUGUCGAGGAAGAUCUUCGACUCGCUGCCGGCGGAGGAGCAGCGGCUGUGGCACUCGCACGCGCACGAGAUCAAGUCAGGCCUGUGGACGAGCCCGCACGUGGCGGGGCUGCUGGAGAAGGCGGAGCUGGACCACAUGGCCGCCACGUUCGGCAAGUUCUGGUGCACCUGGCAGGUGGACCGCGGCGACCGCCUGCCGCUGGGCGCCCCCGCGCUCAUGGUGUCCCCGCAGGCCGACCCCGCCGCAGCCGUGCGCCCCGACCUGGUCCGGAAGCGAGACGACAGGUACGGCCUCUCCACGGAGGAGCUCCGCGCCGCUAGGGCCGACGUCGAGGCGCCCGCCGAGGAGCACCCGGGCCAGGCCGACUACUGGCUCCGCCACCGCAAGGGCUUCGCGGUGGACGUCGUGCCGCACGAGAUGAAGCGUCACGCGCCGUUUCCGUGAGCCGUGACCAACCGGUGUUUUACAGUGGCGCAUGUGUAAUAAAACCAAACGAUCCAGCAGGCGUCUCCGUCCGAACUCGUGAAUGGCACGCGUUUAUUUGUUUUUCAGUUCAUGAUGUUCAAAUCGGCAGUACGCAUGUGUUAUGGAUGCGUGUGUAUUGGAUGAAGUGGAUCGGUGAGAACAGACUUUAGCCUCGCAGGUGUUAAACUAGAA